AUGUGCAAGUUGCGAAAUGCAAAGCCUGUUCCACCCCCAAUGGCGCCUCUACCACUCGGCAGACUGGCUGAUCGACACCGUCCGUUCACAUAUACUGGCCUGGAUUACUUUGGCCCUCUUUUAGUUAUCGUUGGUCGUUCCAGAGUGAAAAGGUGGAUCGCGCUUUUCACUUGCCUCACCACACGCGCCGUGCACCUAGAGGUUGUCCAUUCUCUAUCCACUACUUCUUGCAUUUUCGCAAUUCGGAGAUUCGUGAGUCGGCGGGGCGCUCCUGCAGAAUUCUUCUCAGAUAACGGUACAAACUUUGUGGGAGCGUCCAACGUAUUACAAGAGCAAAUACGCGAAGAAAUGUUAAACACAUUUACAAACUGCUACACAAAGUGGCAUUUUAAUCCACCAGGGGCUCCUCAUAUGGGCGGGGUAUGGGAGAGACUAGUGCGGUCUGUUAAAACAGCUUUGAAUGACGGGUACAACAAGGGUAAAUUGGAUGACGAAGGGCUUAUGACUUUGAUUGUGGAGGCUGAGGGCAUCGUUAACUCAAGGCCUCUGACCUACCUCCCUUUAGAUUCUGCUGAGUACGAAGCCCUCACCCCAAACCAUUUCCUCUUGGGAAGCUCCAACGGGAUCAAGCAACCUCCUGUCCCUAUUGAACACAAUCGUAAUCUAAAAAACACUUGGGACCUGAUUCAACACGAACUAAAUGUAUUCUGGAACCGGUGGGUCAAAGAAUAUAUUCCGGUUAUUCGUCGACAAACUAAAUGGUUUACCCCUACCAAGCCGAUCGAGGUUGGAGACCUGGUUAUGGUAGUUGAUACCAAGACCCGUAACGGUUGGAUUCGGGGAAGAGUUCGAGAAACCAUACCAGCACCUGAUGGGAAUACCCGUAGGGUAAUCGUAGAAACUGCGAACGGGACGCUUUGCCGGGCGGUUCAUUACCUGGCUCCACUGGAUGUCUCUAGCGAUAGUGCAGUCUCGGUGUCCACCGAGAUACACGCGGGGGAGGAUGUUAAGCCAGCUGGCAGCCCUGCAGCUGUUGUCAUCAACUAG